GAUUCCUACAUAUAAAACACUUAAAUUACCCGCCUUCACCUAGUGGUGCACUCAUAUACUAAAGACACUAAUGGCUGUCGAAACGUCGACCGGUUCCAACAAAGAGUAAAGAAGAAGAAGGUGAUCGUUAUACAGCAAAAUAAGUGAAAAUGGCCGCUCAAGUGCAUCCUAUAAGGGAUAUGGCUAUACAGGAUUAUAGAAAAAGACUUUUAGAACAUAAAGAAGUAGAAUCUCGGCUUAAGGAAAUGCGAGAACAUUUAAAGGAUCUUACAAAGCAGUAUGACAAGUCUGAAAAUGACUUGAAGGCUUUGCAAAGCGUUGGUCAAAUUGUAGGCGAGGUACUGAAGCAGCUGACUGAAGAAAAAUUUAUUGUGAAAGCAACAAAUGGGCCUCGUUAUGUUGUUGGAUGUCGACGUCAACUGGAUAAGAAUAAACUGAAGUCUGGUACAAGGGUUGCACUUGAUAUGACCACGCUUACUAUUAUGCGGUAUUUACCGCGAGAGGUGGAUCCAUUAGUGUACAAUAUGUCACAUGAAGACCCUGGUGAUGUUACGUAUACUGAGAUUGGUGGGUUAAGCGAGCAAAUUCGGGAAUUAAGAGAAGUCAUUGAACUGCCUCUAUUAAAUCCUGAACUUUUCCAAAGAGUGGGAAUUACACCUCCAAAAGGGUGUUUGUUAUAUGGACCUCCUGGAACUGGAAAAACGCUAUUGGCUAGAGCUGUUGCUAGUCAAUUAGAUGCUAAUUUUUUGAAAGUAGUUUCCAGUGCUAUUGUUGACAAAUACAUAGGAGAAUCUGCAAGAUUGAUUCGGGAGAUGUUCAAUUAUGCUAGAGACCAUCAACCAUGUAUCAUUUUCAUGGAUGAAAUAGAUGCUAUUGGUGGACGGCGUUUUUCUGAAGGGACCAGUGCUGAUCGCGAGAUACAGAGAACUUUAAUGGAACUCUUAAAUCAAAUGGAUGGUUUUGAUUCCCUAGGACAAGUAAAAAUGAUCAUGGCUACAAACAGACCUGAUACAUUAGAUCCUGCCUUAUUAAGGCCUGGUCGAUUGGAUAGAAAAAUUGAAAUUCCACUGCCCAAUGAACAAGCAAGACUGGAAAUUCUCAAGAUUCAUGCUCGUCCUAUUACCAAGCACGGCGAGAUUGAUUAUGAAGCAGUGGUUAAACUUUCGGAUGGAUUUAAUGGAGCAGAUUUGAGGAACGUUUGCACAGAAGCAGGUCUUUGUGCCAUAAGAUCAGAACGAGAGUACGUAAUACAAGAAGAUUUUAUGAAAGCUGUUCGGAAGGUGUCCGAUAACAAGAAAUUAGAAUCCAAAUUGGAUUACAAACCAGUUUGAUAUAUUUAUACAAUUAUUUUUUACAUCCAUCCAAUAUAUUAUUAACGGUUUCAUCUAACUGUAAAACUACCUAUGCCGUGUAUUACAUUUAUGUUGAUGAAUAAGAGUAUACAUUGUAAACUAAA